CGUGGAUCGUGUGUUUCAGCUUUGGCAUUCAAACGAGCCCAGUCUCCUUGCAGCUUGUCUAACGGCUAUAGAUAGCCCUAUCAAUUGCUGAUUGCUGAGAUUCAGAUUUUUUGCGCCCCCACCCGCGUCGUUAUUGACUGCAAAUACCCUCGUAAUCGAGCUACCUGGGGCCCUGCAACUCGGCGAUUAUCCACGGGCAGUGCGGGUCUGCGCAUGAACGCCUAUUCGUCUGCCUCCCACUCCACCGUCAUCGUUGCGAUCGGCCUUGAAAGCGUUGUAAACACCAAACAAGAGGGGAGAUCUUUUUCGUCUCGGCAUUUCGCCCUGUCCUCUGCAACCACUUUCCCCUAUACUCAGUAGCUCCAGUCCUUUCGUGCAGCGAAGAUCUCACGCCAUCUCCAGAUCUGCCUGGUCCUCUCAUCAAUUUCGCUUGGGGCUAAUCGUCCAUUCUGAAACGCCGCCGAGAGUUUGGGUCUGUCGCUCGGACUAGGGAUCCUUUCACCACUCGACACAGGCCAUUCCACCUGGGACUCCUGGCGCAAUCUCCAGCUGACGUAUCCCCCCUGCUAGCAGCCUUAGGGGCGGGAUCUUUCCUCAACUCAAAACCGAGGCUUAGGUGUUAGGCGCCAUGGCCUACAAUCGCGUUGACCCCUUUGGGGACGAGAACCGCUCGCCCAUGAUGGACCCUCACCAUGUGAACAGCUACAACAAUCGCACACCGUCCCCAGGGCGACCACUGGACAGCUACCAGCUCCAUGACAACCCUUAUGGACAUCAGGGCCACCUGCCUAUGCCGUCGAGCGAUCGACUUGCCGAGCAACCCACAUACUCCGUCGAAAAUGUUCACAAUUCCUACGGCCACCAGGAAGCCUACGAAGGACAUGCUGGUGCACAGCCCUACGGCUACCACCAAGACUACACGGUUGAUCCCGAAGCCCACCAUGACGCAUACUAUACACAACCCUACGAGCCGGCGCACACGCCCCACGAUGAUUAUGACCUAGGCCAGUACCCGGAGGGUGGCCACACCCCCUUUGACGAUAAUGCGCCCAUGCUACAAGCCGAUAAUCCCUUCGGGCCGGACCCGUAUGACGCACAGUAUCAGGAUGAACCGCGACCGACCCCUAGUCCGGCUCCUAUCAAACGAUGGAAGACGGUCAAGGAAGUCCAGCUCUUCAACGGCAAUCUUGUUCUUGAUUGCCCGAUUGCCCCGAAACUGCUCAGCCAGGUACCCCACGCAGAACCCCCUGGACGCGAUGAAUUCACCCACAUGCGUUAUUCCGCUGCGACUUGCGACCCGGCGGACUUUUUCGAGGAGCGGUUCACACUGCGCCAAAAGCUCUUCGCAAAGCCACGUCACACUGAGCUCUUCAUUGUGGUGACCAUGUACAAUGAAGACGACUUCUUGUUCGCCCGUACAAUGUCCGGUGUGUUCAAGAACAUCGAUCACAUGUGCUCGCGCACCAGUAGCAAAACCUGGGGCAAGGAUGCAUGGAAGAAGAUUGUGGUUUGCGUGAUCAGUGACGGUCGUGCGAAGAUCAACCCCCGGACCCGUGCCGUGCUGGCCGGUCUAGGUGUGUACCAGGACGGAAUCGCCAAGCAGCAGGUCAACGGAAAGGACGUGACGGCGCAUAUCUAUGAAUACACAACUCAGGUCGGUCUCGAGGUCAAGGGUACCCAGGUUCACCUCAAGCCUCGCUCGGGCCCUCCCGUGCAGAUGAUUUUCUGUCUGAAGGAGAAGAACCAGAAGAAGAUCAAUUCGCACCGUUGGUUCUUCCAGGCCUUUGGGCGUGUGCUGGACCCGAACAUCUGUGUGCUGCUCGAUGCUGGUACCAAACCUGGCAAAGACUCGAUCUACCUUUUGUGGAAGGCCUUCGACGUGGACCCAAUGUGUGGUGGUGCUUGUGGUGAGAUCAAGGUCAUGUUAUCGCAUGGCAAGAAGCUCCUCAAUCCACUGGUCGCUGGACAGAACUUUGAGUACAAGCUCAGCAAUAUCCUUGACAAGCCUCUGGAAUCGGCCUUUGGUUUCAUCUCCGUCUUGCCCGGUGCUUUCUCUGCCUACCGUUUUGUUGCCCUUCAGAACGAUAAGAACGGACAGGGUCCGCUCGAGCGUUACUUCCUUGGAGAGAAGAUGCAUGGUGCCAAUGCCGGUAUCUUUACGGCCAAUAUGUACUUGGCCGAGGACCGUAUUCUUUGUUUCGAGAUUGUGUCCAAGCGCAAGUGUCGCUGGCUCCUGCAUUACGUCAAGUCAUCCACGGGCGAAACUGAUGUGCCCGACCGCAUGGCCGAAUUCAUUCUGCAGCGUCGUCGUUGGCUGAAUGGUAGUUUCUUCGCUGCUGUCUACGCCAUCACCCACUUCUACCAGAUCUUCCGCAGUGAUCACAGCUUCCUUCGCAAGUUCAUGCUAAUGAUCGAGUUCAUUUAUCAAACGAUUGCGAUGAUCUUCGCUUGGUUCGGAAUUGGUAAUUUCUUCCUGGUCUUUCACAUUCUUACCACCUACCUGGGUAGUGAUGAACUCCUGGGUACGGCUGGUAAGGUUCUCGGUAUCGUAUUCGAAUGGCUCUAUCUCGCCACCCUGGUUACUUGCUUCGUCCUCGCUCUGGGUAAUCGCCCUGGUGGUUCGAAUAAGUUUUAUAUGACCAUGGUGUACUUCUGGAUUUUCAUCAUGAUCUACCUGUCCUUCGCGGCAGUGUUCGUCACGGUAAAGUCUAUCCAGACGGAGGUGGCCUCGAAUAGUUUCUCGGUCAGCGAGUUGUUUACCAACAAAACGUUCUUCUCGAUCAUUGUGUCACUUGGUUCGACGUACGUCAUGUGGUUUCUUGCCUCAUUCAUCUUUAUGGACCCAUGGCAUAUGUUCACCUCGUUCAUCCAAUACAUCCUCCUCACCCCGACCUACAUUAACGUUCUCAACAUCUACGCCUUCUGCAACACCCACGAUAUCACAUGGGGUACCAAGGGUGACGACAAGGCUGAGAAGCUGCCUUCUGCUACCUUGAAGCCCGGUGGUAAGGUUGAUGUCAACAUUCCCCAGGACGAUGGUGAUCUGAAUGCUCAAUACGAGGCCGAGGUGGCCAAAUUUGCCACCAAGCCUCCCAAGGAAGUGCAAAACAUUUCGGAAGAGGAACGCCAGGCCGACUAUUACAAGGGGUUCCGAAGUGCUGUCGUAUUGGCUUGGGUGUUCUGUAAUUUCGCACUUGGCGCUGUCGUUCUGAGUGCCGCUGGUUUGGAGACCUUUGACAACACGUCGACCACCAGCAGUACCAACCAGGACGCUACUCAGACCGAGCGGUCGUUGAUUUACAUGGAGGUUGUCCUAUGGUCCGUGGCCGGACUUUCAAUGUUCAAAUUUAUAGGUGCAAUGUGGUUUUUGGUGGCUCGGUUGUUCCGCGGCGUUUGAGUUUCGGCAUUUCCUCAAGUUUGACGAUUGUGCUUCGUUCAGCCUUACUUCCAUCCUGUCAUUUACAAUAUAUUCCCCCACCUUGAGUUGAUAUGGAGCGUUGCGUUGCCUUGAUACCACGGCGGGUCCGGUCUGGUACGGAAAAUGAAGAAUGGGAAAUGGAAAUGAAAUAGGAUAUGAAUCUGGACAUGUAAUAUGUGUGUGAUGAACCUUUUUAACCUACUGGCAGUUCGUUUUUUUGGCCCAGUGGUUAUGUAAUUGGCGUGUUGUUUUCGAUUUUUGACUUGUUUGCCUCUGGAGCCGACAUAUAAAGUAUCGGGAUGGAUCCGGCCUAGUGUAUAUGUAUGAGAAUAUGACACGGAUUUUCUUAUCAUCACAUUUCUUCUUGGCUACUAUGAUGACGUGUUGAAUGGCGUUGAUAUGGAGGAAUGAACUGCUCGACUGAAUUGUACAUGAGCCCGUAGAGACUGCCUGCACCUGUCUGAGUCUAUUGUGUCUAAGCAUGCUGUGUUUUUCAAUCAAACUGUCUGGUUCUUCGAGUGAACACACAGUGCAAUUCCACCAAGGACCAGAAUCAAGCCCAGCCAUGUCUCCUUGGCAAUAACCUUGCGCUCCACAUACCAUUCCCCAAGCACCGUGAACAGAAAGGCGCUUGAAUUGGCUAGUGGCACAGUAAGGGAGAG